AUGUGGCUUCGAACAGAUCAAGGCGGUCCCUAUGCCGACCUGGUCGCUGAAACUGGCGCAAAAGCGGUGUUUGACAUCCUAUUGAGAGAUAAAGAAGCUCUCAAUAGGAAGUUUCUAAAUAUUCAUGUCCCAGGCUGGGAGGAGACCAAAGGACUGAACAAGUAUGAUGGGAUUGAGCUUGAGUGGUAA